AUGGCGAACGCGGCCAAGGCGGCAGCAAUCUUACUUGUUUUUCUGCAGGUGGUGUGCGCCGUCGCCCGGCACCAUGCUGAUCCGCGGGCAUCUUUCGCCUACGUCGAGACUUCAGGGGUGAUGAUGUUGAGUGGGUUCGACCAAGGAGAGGAGCGCGCGCCGGCGUCAUGCGGCGGCACAUACCACACCGACCUGGAAUCCGUGAUCACGGUGUCUAGCAAGAUAUACACGAGCGGGGGCCUGUGCGGCAUCUUGUUCCGCAUCACGGACAUGGAGACCGGGCGCAGCGCGAUGGCAGAGGCCGUGGACGAGUGCCACGACUGCCGCGACGACGAGGUGGGAGCGUCGGCCGGCGUGUGGAAAGAUCUCGGCCUCGACACAGGGGCCGGCUCGGUGGACGUCAUGUUGUCCUAUUGA